GAGCUCCUGCUGCAGGAGGAGACCUACAAGAAAGAACUUCUACGCAAGAACAUCUUCUUUACCAAACGGUGCACACGACAAAUGCCGAGGGCGAAGAGGUCGAUGAGUGGGACUUUUUGCUGCGAAAUGUCGUCAAGUUUGCAUACCUGACUUUUCAAACCGCGUAUUUACGACUGGCGGAGGCAGGGACGCCGUCGAGAGGAGGAUUUCCAACAGAAGACGGAUUGCUGAAAGCAGCUGGUGGAGCAACGGAUAGUAGUGCUGCGGCCGCAGGCCUAGGAGAACGACCAGACGAGCUGAUGCAACGUGGUGCCAGUCGUGGUGGGCUGGGCGAUCAUGGAGACACCGCGACGGCGGCCCUAAGAACAGGGCAGGAGGACAACUCGACAACAGAUGCAGGCACUGCAAGGAUG